AUGAGUGACACAUCAUGCAGGAUGUCAGAACCACCGUUUAGACCACGAGAGAAACUUAUUGAGAAGCAGAAGUAUUUCCAGAGUGUGCAUAAACACACAUACUUGAAAGGGCCAUAUGACAAGAUUACCUCUGUUGCAAUACCACUUGCAUUGGCAGCAUCUUCAUUGUAUCUGAUUGGAAGAGGGAUCUACAACAUGUCACAUGGAAUAGGGAAGAAAGAAUGA